AUGCAUCCUGGUGAUAAUAAGAUGUAUCACGAUCUUUGUGAGUUGUACUGGUGGCCGAGUUUGAAGCGUGAGGUUACAGAUUUUGUUGCUCGAUGUCUGACGUGCCAGCAAGUUAAGGCUGAACACCAAUUGCCUUCGGGUUUGUUACAACCCGCUAAGAUUCCUUUAUGGAAGUGGGAACGGACAAACUACACUUUGCAAAAGCUAGCGAAGCUUGAUAUCUCUGAGAUUGUAAGAUUGCAUGGGAAAUUGCACGAGGCUCUGGGUUUGAGAUUGGACUUCAGUACUGCGUUCCAUCCUCAGACUGAUAGUCAAUUUGAGAAGGUUAGAUUGAUUCGAGAUCAUCUGAAGGCGGCUUUUGAUAGACAGAAGUCCUAUGCAGAUCUGAAGAGGAGAGAUAUUGAGUACUCUAUGGGUGACUUCAUGUUUCUUAAGGGUUUUUCAUGGAAAAAAGUUCUGACAUUCGGUCUUAAAGGCAAGUUAAGCCCUAGGUUUAUUGGGUCGUAUCAGAUUUUGAAGCUUGUGGGAUCAGACGUUUAUCAGUUAGAGUUACCUCUAGAGUUGGACCGUAUCCAUGAUGUGUCUUAUGCCUCGAUGUUGAGGCGGUAUCGGUCUGAUCCAUCUCACGUUGUUUCUGUUGAAGAGAUCGAGAUUAGAUCGGAUUUGACUUUUGAGGAGGAGCUAGUUCAGAUUUUGGAUCAUGAUAUUAAGGUUCCGAGGAGGAAUUCUAUCCCGUUAGUAAAGGUACUGUGGUGGAAUCAUGGCACUGAAAAAGCCACGUGGGAACCUGAGGACUCGAUGCGUCAGCAGUAUCCUUAUCUGUUCUAA